AUGAGACAGAAUAUGAAUGUCCUGAUUAAUGAUUUGUAUAUAUAUAUCUUUUGCAACUGGAAAAAUAUCAAGAUAUGUGCAUAUAGGAUGUGAUUUAAUUUCAAACAAUCAGACUUUGAAAGCAAAAUGAAUAGUUAUCAGAUACACUGAAAUCUUGAUAAAGAGCCCAACAAAGUGGUAUAAAAGGAACACAUGGCUUCAAGCACUCACACAGUUGGAUUGGUACACUCAGGCCGUGAACACACACCAGUAGCAAAGCAUGGAUUCUUGAAGUACAUGUGAACAUGAACUGCAGCCUGUGCAGUUAGGAACAUGUAACCACAUGUAACAUGUAAUAAUAAUAAUAAGCUUUUCCCCACCAUUAAACAUGUCCAAUCUUGGGCUUGCAGAAAAAAAAAGUUAUCAAGUGUCAUCAGGUCAUGGAACAUGGGGAAGUUCAUUUCAAUCAUAUUAUACUUUCUUAUGAGGAAGGGCUCAGUUUUGUAGGUUACAGAAGCCUCAGCAAAGCUUACACAAUCUAUCACCUCUACCAAACAAACAAUUAACUUUGUUUAGUGAUACAUUUCAUUACACAGCACAAGAACUGCAAAAGACAUCAUGGAUGGAUGAAUGGACAAGAGAAACAAAAAGUAUUGUGCUGAAUGGAUACAAUUAUUGGAUGGGUUUGUGUCUGGCAGUGCAGCAGUGUAGCGGUAAAGCACUAGCACCAGAACAGGUAGGAUUGUAAAAAAACCACAAUUUGAAAACCUUGUGUAGUUGUCUGUAUUCUCAUUUAAGCCCCAUCAGCAUGUUGCAAAAAAGGAUAAAUAUCAAUCCUUAUGAGGUAGAGCAGGUUAUAUGCAUAGUGCCGCUUACUUUAUUGUAUAGUUUUACAGCGCACACAGUAUGUGGACAAGUCCAUUCAGUGACCUUCCAGCAGCAAAAAGUACAAAAUAGGAAGGAUUUUCUCUUUCAAAUAACUAGUAUCUUGGGAAGAGACGCAGACAAUUAAAUUGUCGUCUCCGGACGGCAGACGACGCACGUCACGUACCCCAUGGCGGAACCAAAUUACAAUCCUGAUCCGGGUGGUGCCCGAGUUCUGCAGAGUGGGCACGGCGGAACUAGUCAUGCGGCACAGGAAGAGCAGCGAAGAGACAACAGAUGCAUUACAAUAAAAAUACUAGUGCCAAAAUGGAUCUUCUGCAGCGGCAUCGUUUGGUCAGUGGUGAUAGGAGUGAUAGUAGCAGUUACAGCUGUGCUCUUGAUGAUGACAGCACCACCCCCGCCGAACCCAGAGGACUGGUUCUUAGAAGUGGAGGAUAGAUCAGGAAAAGAAGGUGUAGCAGUUUUCAAAGCUUUUGACAGAAAUCGAGAUGGGUUCUUGUCCAUCAUCGAAUUUGAACCAUUGCUGAAAUAUCUUCAAAAUGUUACUGGGCUUACAUCUACUGCGCCAGGUGAGGAGUUUCUAGAGCACAAAUUCGUUGAUGGCGAAGAAAUUUUUAUAGUAAAUGCCCAUUUUGAACCACUUCAGCUGGAAACUAUGACAAAAGAAGACAUUCUGAAUUUGAAUUUUCUGAAGGCUUUUCGACUGUACCUGCGAUUCAUCAAACACUCAUUUUUACCUUUAAUCACUCUUGGACCCCACACAGCACUGUUUGGAUUGAAAAACUGGCAGGAACCAUACAGAAACCAGUCAAUUUUUGGCACCGAGGAGAUGAAGGCAUUCCUGCCUUAUAAUGACAACAUUAUGCUAGGCAUGCCAUAUCCUGUUGUCCAGGAUAAACCACCAGGGAUUUUUGAAGAGACUAGGAUGCAUUCAAAUAAUCGUUUUUAUCCUCAAGCACCAAAAGGGAGUGAACAGGUCUUGUAUCGGCUGCUAGGAAUGAUGCAUCCCAGGCCUUUUGUCCACAUGCGUUUUCCUCCUAGGGGUACAUAUGCAUGUGUAAGAGCAUUCAACGCUGACUACUACCAUAUUAUUUUCAGAAUGCAUGCAGAAUUUCAGCUGAAUGAACCACCCACUGAUCCAUUUUGGUUCACCCCAGCACAGUUUGUUGGCGAUUUGGUCAUUAGUAAAAAUGGCUCUCAUGUUGAAUAUUUUCACAUGCAUGUACCUGCUUCAAGACGGUUGAAUGUUGAUAUGGAAUGGAUAGUGGGCAGCUUUGAAAAUUCAAACAUGGAGGUAGACAUUGGAUUCAUGCCUCGCAUGGAAUGGAGUGUUGGUCUCACUUCAUCUAAGCCAGCACUACGAAGUGGGGACCACAGUUCUCAAGAAACAUCAGCAAGACAGGUCACGAGGCCAGAAGACAUUUUGUGGAGCUCAUCUAUCUCUGUAAAUGAUGCUUUAAGUUCACUUGAGAAGGCUUUUUUCCCUUUCAAACAAGUGACCUACCAUAAUCUCACAGAAGCAUAUCGAAUGUCAAAGGAGCAAAACAAACCCAUACAUGGUAUAUUUCUGUGGGGGGCAUUGGAUGACCAAAGUUGCUGAGGGUCAGCCCGGACCCUCCGCGAGUCCGCGUUAGAGGGUCCGGAGGUCAUCAGCCUUCUGCAGGAGCGCUUCGUCAGCACCUGGUCUUUAGUUGUUGACUUGGAGGCGCUAAAGAAGGAUGAAAGUAACCCAGAAAUAUCAGAAUUUGCCUCAAUGCUUCUGAAGGAGUAUAGCUUUCCAGUCAUGAUGACAGUCAUCGCUCCUAAUGGAACCAUAGUUCAUAAAACAAAUGCCAACACUUUUCUCGAUAUGGAAGUCAGUUUCCUUGAGAGUGGGUUUACAAAUCCAUCAACUUACCAAUAUGAACAGUUCCUAAAGGAAGGUCUUCACAAUCUGGAAAGAGGGGCCAGACCAUCUGCGUAAAAGACAGUUUUUUUUCGUUACAGUUUUUUUAACAGCUGAUGCAAGUAUUCCAAAACACAAGUACACAUUUAAGAUUAUCUAGUAAGAUAUGAUUGCAAAAAGCUUAUCAAAUAAUUGUUUCCCUGUCGUUAGGUUGCUAUUUCUGACACCAUUCCAUUUAAUGUUUACAGCUAGACUUUACCUUUUAUAGCAUGCUAGUUGUGGACUUUCUUGAAGCAGUGAGAAGAAAAGCUAGGUCUUUUAUCCUGAACAUAUGGGCAGUAAAAUAUUUUAUUCAAACUUGUGAUUAGCCAAAUAUCAAUGUACAGUGAUUCAGAAACAGAUUUUUACAGCAUAUAUUUCAUUCAGUUUUAGAAAAUACUCCUGAUUUUCCAUAACCUUUAACUGUCAGUGGUGAUAAUAAUGUCACUGGGUUUGCUUGUAAUCAAUGACGACAGCAUCAGAAAUUGGCACAGCUGACUGAUGCUGUCUGAUGUAAUGCAAAGGGAUACCUGAGAGUUGUAUCACCAUUGAAAGAAUUGGUUUUGGAUUAAGAAAGUAUUCAUCAGUAUAUUAUAUAUAAAAAUUUUUUAUAUAUUUCUUAUGCUUGUGUCUUUCUUGCAUCUGGUUUUUUGUUUGUUCUUUCUUAGCUUGGCACAGAAGUAAUAUGUUUGUAAGGAUAGAUAUCUUGACAUUCAUCCUAAACAAGUGUGACUGGCGAAUUGUAAUUCAGUAAUUUCUUUUAAAGGAAUCCUUCACUUUAUGGACCUUGAGAAAUGCUGUGAUGGUGCAUACAAUACCAUUGACUCUCUUAAUAUUCACUUCAUUCUAACUUUAUUUAGUAAUUGAUAAGCCAUUGGACAUGUGAAAAAAUACAUAACUAAAUGAACUGGUUGUAUAAGCUUUUUUUGUUCUGAAGAUUAUCAGGCACCACAACAUUCAGUGUGCCCUUGUUAAUGAAUGUAAAUGCAAAUGAUUUUUAUCUGUCAGUAUCAUGGAGACAAUGGCAUCAACAGCCAGACCUAGAUGUAUAUUUAGUACUGAAUGUGCAUGAACCACAUAGAAAUCAGUGAAAACAUAUUUUUGAAUGGGUAUAUAUUUUGUGGUGUUAAUAUUUUUGACUGAAAUUAUAGAUGUCAAAUAAUUUUAUGAUUAAUAUGUCUUGAUAUACAAGCUUUGUCACAAAAUCAGUCCUCAGCAUUUGCUUACAUCAUGAACUUCUAUGACUGGACUGCUGGCAGACGAUUUUUUUCCAGUUAACUACUAAAACAAGGCACGUUUGUACAAAGCUUCCGGUUUAGUCACAUUCUUUGUUUAGGCUUGCCGAGACUAACAGCAGAGAACUUCGCAAGAGGCUCAGUGUUGGUCUUGGCAGACAGCAAUCCACCUAUACACAUCCAUGCUUACAUUGUAAGAUGCACAUUUUUCAAUUGCAUUUUGGUCUUAUGCAACAGACAUUGAUUUUGUGGUGGUAGAGAUGAUGGACAAAUUGAUAACCAGCUACCUAUUUCAUUUUUAUUUGUUUUUGACGUAUUAUACUUCCUCAUUCUUGAUUUCAGUAUUUUUGUAUAUUUCUUAUUUCUGCAUACAGGGUGUUAAUCGUAUUGUAUAUGCCAGUUUUACAUCACUGACCUGUUGUGAGUCAUCAAAAUAAUGACCAUGUUUUGCAUACUCUGACAAGCUGUUUAUAUCUGUAUGUGUGAUGCAACAUCUGUGACAUUAUGAGUGGAAAAUAUUUAGUUUUAUAAGAUGUUUCACAAUUAAGCUGAAAGGAUUGUUCCAGAUCUGUACAAAACAUUGAAUGACAUCCACUUUUAGUUUUUGAAAUCUUUUGGUAUGUUUCAUCUCACUUUACAAACAUUUAAGUUUUUUUGUAAAAAGCGACAUACCAGUACAAAUCUCAAAUCAGUUUUUUCUUUAAGACCCCACCUCUCCAUUUUUCCUUUCUCGCUUUCUCUCUCUCACACACACUGACACAUACACUACAUACAUACACAAAACUUGUAGUUAUUUUUCCGAGCCCAGAAAAUCAGUACAAUAAAAAUAAAUGCGUUUUGAUAACUUGCAGUGGUGCAGUGGCAGUACAAAUAUUCAGACUGUUGUGACUUUUUAUGAGCUUAAUACAUUUUACCAUGACCUUAGAACUCUUAACUUAUAAAAUAAAAUCUUUUUUUGCAGAAUGGUGCCCAGAGGUUGUGCUAACAGCUAUAAACUAACUUUUCAGAGAGAAGACUCUGGGCUUAAAGAUCUGGAACAAAUUUCUGACAUUUUUCUGAGAUAAACAUACCUUCACUGUACUAUAUCUAGAAAGACUAUAAUGAAAGCUCUGUAAGUAGUGUUCAUAGAUGCACAUAUGAAAGGGGAAAAAAAAGUCCGUUAUGAAAGCAUUUUAUGCUGUCUGGACCAGUUGUGAUUUAUUGGUUUGCAUCAGGGAGCUUGUAGAAAUGCACCAUACACAUGACAAAUUUGCUUUAUUGAAUUUCUGAUAUUGUGAUUUGUAAAGGGUGCUGCCUUAAGUUGACCCAUUACUGUUGUGUAUUCAGGUCAGAUUUGCAUUGUAACUAUUUUUCCUGGAGUUUUCGAAACCUCUAUGCUGUCCAUUUUUACAUGUUUUUUUACAUUAAGCUUGUUUUGCUUUGCGAUAUAUGGCAUGACUAUUUUCAUCAUUCAGUUAAAUAGCUUGAAGUUUUUCUUAGUCUCAGAGAUUUGCUGCAAAUGUUGUAGUGAUUAAUAGAACAUUUUGUCAAGUACUUUUUGUGAUGAAUCUCAGUUCCAUUGCAGUUUAGGGAAUUUUUGUUUCUUGGUGGGGGUGGGGGGAAAUCAUCAUGAGAACACAUUGUGAUUAAGCUUAUUGUGGAAAUGAAACCACAGCUUGUUUUAACUUUUUUUAAUUUUCAGUUUUAUAACUGGUAGAAACAUUGUACACAUGCUUGAGAUCUAAACACUCUCAAGACAAUGAUGCUGCAUCAACAAAAGAGGAUUUUUACUGAGUGAAUGAUUGUGUUCAGUCACACCCAUACAGUAUUCUGUAUUGGACCAAUAAAAUAUACAAGGAGA